CCCCGGGUCCCUAAACACGCGCACCCCCGAGCUCCAGGCGGGACUUCCUCUGUGUCCGGGUGAAUCCGACAGAAGGGCUUGGUCGGAGUGUCACCGGAGUGUGUGUGUGUGUGUGAGAGAGAGAGAGAGAGAGUGUGUGUGUGUGAGAGAGUGAGUGAGAGUCUCCGGAGCUGCAGCAGCAGAUAAACCUGGCGGACGACGCCUCAGCCGCCGCCGCCGCAGCCCCGUGGAUGAGCCUCCUCCCCGGCUAUGCUGCCCUGAGAGCGCCGCGAGAACCCCCGCCCCCGCCAACAUGUCCGAUGUCAACAAGACGGUGCAGAAGUGGCUCUGCAGCUUCAAGAAAGCCACAGACUUUGACUCGUGGGGACAGUUGGUGGAGGCGAUAGAUGAGUAUCACAUUCUGGCGAGGCAGCUGCAGAAAGAGGUGCAGUCAACAAGUUCUUCAGACUUCACAGAGGAGCAGAAGAAAACGUUAGGAAAGAUUGCAACAUGCUUGGAAAUGAGAAGUGCCAGUUUGCAGUGCACACAGUCCAAAGAGGACUUCAAGUUAGAAGACCUGAAGAAACUGGAAACCAUCAUUAAAAAUCUACUGACGUACAACAAAGAGUUUCCUUUCGAUGUCCAGCCGGUGCCCUUAAGGAAAAUCCUCGCUCCAGGUGAAGAGGAGAACCUGGAGCUGGAGGAGGAGGAGGAUGCAGCAGCAGGAGCGGGCUCGACGGAGGCUUUCCCCCCGCGAGCCCCUGCUUCGCAAGGUACCUUGUUGCCACGGUUACCUUCAGAACCGGGGAUGACACUUCUCACAAUAACGAUUGAGAAAAUCGGCCUGAAGGACGCCGGGCAGUGCAUCGAUCCGUACAUGACCAUUAGUGUUAAAGAUUCAAACGGUGUAGAUCUGAACCCAGUGCAGGACACACCUGUGGCCACCAGGAAGGAGGACACCUACAUUCAUUUCGGUGUGGACGUAGAGAUCCAGAGACAUGUGGAGAAAUUAGCAAAAGGAGCUGCUAUCUUCUUUGAAUUCAAGCACUACAAACCCAAAAAGCGAUUUACCAGCACAAAAUGUUUUGCCUUCAUGGAACUGGACGAGAUCAAACCGGGACCCAUCGUUAUUGAAUUGUACAAGAAACCCACAGACUUCAAGAGGAAGAAACUGCAGCUUCUGACAAAGAAACCACUUUAUCUCCAUCUUCAUCAGACUUUACACAAGGACAGCUAAGACGCAGCACGGUCUCAAACUUUGCACCUUUACUCGCCGUUCCACCUCAUCACGUCCAGCAAUACUAAAUCUGAACUGAGCCAAACAUUUGUCACAUCAGGUCGAGACUGCCACAUUAGUUUUUCAUUUUUACAUUUGUUGUUGAAUGCAGAAAACAUCUGCUACAGGAAACCCUUCAAGAAAUGUUAAGAUUUUUUUAAAAAUCCAGCAGUGGUAUGUUUUAACACUUAAACAACCUCAUCUCUAGUCUUCCUUCGCUCAGAUUUUUGGGAACUGUGAGACGCAACGGAAACCACUGCAGGUGCUUAAUUUGAGACUCAACAGACUUGUUGGACAUUGAACCGUGGACUGACGUCAAAUUCAGCAAAAUACUAAAAGCAACAAUUUUUGCAAACAAAUCGAAACCUGUUGGAGAAGCGGAGACAGAGUUUGCAGAGUCAUGCGCUGAAUAAAUAACACGGAGAGACAAAGUUUGUUUCCUUCAUUAAGCUACGAGAACUGCACUCUUGAAUUAGAUGUUAUGGAGUCCAGAGUGAGACACAUUGAAUCAAAUAAUAAAUUGGUGAAUUAAAAAAAUAUUUCAAACUAGUUAAUUCAAUUAGCACUUACAUUAUGCUUUGUAAAAAAGUAGAAAAAACCCCAAUAAAUUGUAUUAACAUAAUAAAUGACUAAAUCUUAUUUACUCCCAAAAUGUAAUGAUAUAAUUAAACAUAACAGGUUAUUAAAUUCUUCUUAUUUCACUAAUGUUUCUAUAAAUGACCCAUCUCACUUUUUUUCUCUAAAAAAACAUUUCAGGCUUUUUUUAAUAUUAACCUACAUUAACUGAUUUAUUGACCUUUUGUUAAAAGUGAAUAAAAGCUGUAAACACAACACAGAUUCAUCUGAAGUUGAUGGUAAACUAGUUUAUAAAGAUGUGGAGCAGGGCUUUUGGCCACUUGAUGAAUGAAUGCACAAUAUCCACUCAGCUCUGUUUUGGUCUCCACCAGCAUCUGAUGUCAACCAGCCAGGUGUCAUAGAGCUCAAUUGUAGGUUUGGGGGAUAUUUGUCCAAGACACCUUUAACAUUACAAGUAAUUAUUGAGUUUAAGAAGCCAACACUCUAACUGUUUGACUUUGUGGUGGCAAGACCUGGGUCUUUAAAUUAAAAAGUAAUCUUAGCGGCUCCAGACUCCAUAACUGUGAUGUUUCAUCCUAUGGUUUUGGACUCAGCGGUGACAUUCCUAAUAUUACAUGGUGCAGUUAUAUGUUAAAUAUAAAAAUAGGUGUCUUCGAUCAGAGGCCUCUAACAUUUUCUUCUGGUCAUCUGCAUUUUGACCUUUGUAAAGAAGUUCUUGCUAAACUCAAUUUAAACGUCAGAGUUUCACACCGAAUGACCCAGUAGCAAUGAAAUCAUCCCAUAAUUCUGACAGUCGCUACAUGUCAGUGUUCAUGAUUGAGUAUGUAUUGAAUUUAUUAUGUUAAAAUCCUGUUGCAUAAAGUUUUAUAAAUGCUUUAAGUGUAGAAUGGCUGCAGCGUGGUUUGCAUGCUGUGGAUGUGUAUUCUCUCUCUGGUUAAAGCUCAGAUGAUUAACACUAUUGUAUUGUCAUGUUAUAUCUGAAUGAGAUUCUUACACAGGACUGAGUUCAGAGGACGAUGACUCUUGAAGGAUCUUUCCACUUCUCUUAUUUUGAAAAUCAAAAAGCUUUUGGUAAAGCUGCAUGUUACUGUUUCCAUCUGGACGAGUUUCCUCUUUCACUAAAACAUCCACAUUGAAAUAUUUUCAGAUUUUAUUUUUCUAGUGUCUGACUGAACUGAGAAAAUAACAACCUGAUGAAUAUACAGACGUGUGUGUGUGUGUACGAUGUGGUAGGACUGGAAACAGACUUUUUCGUUUCGUUGACAGAUUGAGGGAAGUUGUAAUAAACACUUGUGUUUGGAAUUUCUAAUAAAAUAAACAUAAAUGA